AUGGCACACAAAGCUCAACAACCAUCGUUAGAAUCACUAUUGGGUUUGAGAAUUAAAUUAGUUACAAUAUUGGAUACAAUUAUCAUUGGAAAAUUUUACUCGUUUUCAAAUAAUAACAAUACUUUAACUAUUAUAGAAGAGUCUUCGAUAACCGAAAAUAUUGAAGCAAACAGUAAUAACAGCAUUAGCAACACUAACAAGAAUAAAAAUAAGAACACGAGUAUAGCUAGCAGCAAUUCGAAUACAAUUAACAAUACCAGUAAAGACACAGAUAAAGACACCGAUAAAAAUAUAUUUAAUUUUAGAAUUAUCAAGACGUCAUUUAUUAAAACGAUCACUCCAAUUACUGCACAAUCGGUUAACAAUUUAGGUGCAAACACAAAUACAAAUCCAAAAGGCAACAAGAACAAAAACAAAAAGAACAACAAAAACAAUUUGAAUAAUAGCAACAACAGCAACACAAAUACUAAUACUGUUGCUAAUAAUAACAAUAAUAACAAUAAUAACAGUAAUAAUAAUAAUAUUAAAAAUUUAAAUAAUAUAGAAAAAUUCACAUUCAAGUCAAUUGAGCCAAAGAUCAAUUAUAUUGAUAUUGCCUCAUACAAAAAGCAAAACCAGGUUCAAAACCAAUUGAACAAAAACAAAAAUAAGAAUGAAAGUGUGGUAAAGGGUGGUUAA